UUUACAGCGCGCUCUCCAGAGGAUUACAAACAGUCGAUAACCGUCGGAAGUUGCAAAAAGCAUCCAUGUCGCUUAAGAAAAGGUCGUGUUGUCGACGUGGAGUUCCGUUUCACUCCAGAGGAAGACGUUAAGGGUCUAUCGAACAGUGUGAGCGCAUUACUAGGCUCGUUACCAUUUCCCUUCAUAGGCGUCGAUGGUACAGACGCUUGCGUGAACAUUUUUGCAGCCGAUGGAACGACGAAAGCCGGGUGUCCUUUGAAAGCGGGUACAUCCUACGUUUACAAGAAUCACUUCGAAAUUCUGCCGAUAUAUCCACUUAUACGAAUUGUUGUCCACUGGGGACUGGUAACCAGUGAUGGGAAGGACGUCAUGUGCUUUGAGGUGCCCGCGAAAAUUACAGCUUCUUAAGGUGGAUGUGGGCAGCAGCAAAUUAGCUUUUUGUAAUGGUUGUAGCGAUAAUAAACCUUUUCUUCAUUU